AGGGUGGGGGCCUGAGGGUGCUGGGGGUGGUGGAGGUGAGGGAGAUCUUGCCCAUGUCUGGACAGAGUCAGAAGUGAGGAGGGAGGCAGAUGAUGGAGCAGCCAGUGCAAGGAGGAGCUGAAGCGUUGGCUAGAAAGCACACGGAGAAGGCUAGAGGGAAGGCUAGAAAACCUCUAGACUUGGUCGUGAAGGCCUUUAAAAGCAACCAAAGGAGGAAACUGAUUCUAGGGGCUAUAACAGAGGGUCAGAGAGUCCAGGCAUGGUCUGGCCGUGCCUAUUUUGGUUGGUUAAAUGUUAGGUUCCUUUUGAACUAAUUGUUUCUCUUGGUUUCCCUUCAUUCUUGAGAAUGUUUCCCAAGUUGGGGAUCUUUCAAAGGUGUCUCUUCAUCAGUGCCAACAACGUGAACGGCAGCCGAAGAAGUGGAGACGGUCGCAGAUACUCUGGCCCCACGACACCCAAGGAGUUCUUUUUUUUUUUGUAAUAGCUUUUUAUUUACAAGUUAUAUGCAUGGGUAAUUUUUCAGCAUUGACAAUUGCCAAACCUUUUGUUCCAACUUUUCUCCUCCUUCCCCCCACCCCCUCCCCUAGAUAGCAGGUUGACCAAUAUAUGUUAAAUAUGUUAAAGUACAAAUUAAAUAUAUGUAUAUAUGUCCAAACAGUUAUUUUGCUGCACAAAAAGAAUCGGAUUCUGAAAUAUUAUACAAUUACCCUGUGAAGGAAAUAAAAAAUGCAGGCAGAAAAAAAUAGAGGGAUUGGGAAUUCUAUGUAAUUGUUCUUAGUCAUCUCCCAGAGUUCUUUCACUGGGCAUAGCUGGUUCAAUUCAUUCCUGCUCCAUUGGAACUGAUUUGGUUCAUCUCAUUGCUGAGGAGGGCCACGUCCAUCAGAAUUGAUCCUCAUAUAGUAUUGUUGUUGACUUCAUAUAACGAUCUCCUGGUCCUGCUCAUUUCACUCAGCAUCAGUUCAUGCAAGUCUCUCCAGGCCUUUCUGAAAUCAAGGGAGUUCCUGUCUUGAAGAAAAACCAGUCCAACACACAGCUGCUUUUGAGGGUCACAAGAGUCUCUUUGCUUUUCCUUUCUUUCACUGAAUUAUAUAAAAGGGAUAAAAUACAUUCCUCUUUCUACAGAGGAGGAAACCAAGCUCUGGGAGCAUAAGCAUCUUGUGCCCUUAACCCUUGGUCAAAAAGAAGAGAGAAUUCCUAGUUUCUUUCUCUGUGAAGUGAAAUUCAGGUAAAGCCUGGCUUAAUUGCUCAUUUUCUGGAUUGGUCUAGAUUAAUCAAGGUUCUAGAUGUUCUAAGGACAUCUUGUAACUCCCGGUUCAUGGUUCCUAUAAUGAUCCUUCCUUAAAUUAAGUAAACAUUGGAUCUGAAAAUGAUUAAAUGGUGAUGUCAAGAUUCAAUUUCAGUAUCAGCAAUGAUUAAGUGCCUGCUGUGUUCCCGGUGACAGGCUUAGUGCUGGGGAGACAAAAUACAGAGGGUCCCCAUCUUCACGGAGCUUUUAGAGAAAGUACAGGGAAGGAGUACAAUGUACUUUCUCACAGAAAUACAAAGUAUAGACAAAGUAACUUCCAGAAAGCAGGAAGGAGAGAGCUCUCUGAAACAGAGUAUCUUUAAGAAGCCAGUGGGAGAACAGGGCCAGGGUCCAGACAGAGAGAAAGGGGGACUAGCUUUUCACUAGGCUGGGAGAGCUAGCCCAAUGCCCCGGGCGCUCAGUCUGAUAGGGCAGGAACCGCAGGAGGGCCCUCCUCCGCCCGCCUCUGCUUCCUGCUCCUCCUCCUCUGCUUCCUCCCCUCCUCUGAAUGCCAAGGGGGGAGGGGAGGAGGAGGAGUUCCAGGCUCGGCCUCUGAUGCCAUGGUCUCCACGGCAACACUCCCAGGCCAAGCCAACCGACAAUAGGCUGCUCCCUUUGGGCUGCUGCCCCUACGCUUUGAAUCCCUCCCAGACCCUGGAUUCUAAUGACCAGUGGGGGCAGGCGCUGUCUGAAGCGGUUGUGAAUGUCUACUGCCAAGAUCCGGGGGAGCCCACCCAAGCAGGCUGCAGGGCUAGGGAUGGGCCCCCUCUUUGUGGAGGAGGUGGCGGCGUCUCUAGUCCGAGAAUUUCUCCACAGAAAGGGUUUAAAAAAAACAAGCCUUGUCUUGGACCAAGAACAUCCUCGAGGUGAAUACAGCAUAAACAACAGAAAUGAGCUGCGCAAGGUUCUGCACCUAGAAAUGCUUUAUAAGGAAAACAAGGUAAAGAAAAAUCCUCUGAAAACAAGCCUCGAAAUCAUUACAAGUUACUUUUUGGAUCAUUCUGGAAAGAACAGUUACAAUUUAAUACAAGAAACACCACUUUCUAUUGUUUCAGCUUCCAAGAUGUAUAACAAACUACCUUUGAAAUGCUCUGAGAAUUCUGCAGUGAAUAAUAAUAAUUCGAGCGAGGUUUCAGAUGAAGAUGGAAAGACCAGUAGGCAUGAUGAAUGUGAUGGUGACACACUCGGUAACAUCGCAUCCCCCAAGAGACCGCCACACAAAAACAAGACCUCCAAGUCCGUCGUAGGAGAUGGCAAUGGGUCGCCACCACUCCGGAAGGAGAUCAUGUCAAGCAGCGUGGAGAACCCUAAAAAGGCAGAGUCUUCAGAAGGGAAGAAGAUGGCAGAAGGGAGACUCAAGUCUGGCCUCUUGGCCAGAGGAAUAUUGUCGGGGCCCAUCGCCAACUCACAAGAGGACCCCCUCAGAAAACGCUUCCUGAGACGGUCAUCGGGCCUGAGCACGGCGCAGAACAGGGAUGAAGGCCAAGUGAAACCCUUCAGCUUAUCUCCUCCUGGCCAUAUUCUAUCUGACACCCUUUCCUCCAAAAAUUCCCUGGACACUCACAGCGAUUUGGCCGCAGAGAAGUGGAAGAACCUGUCCGGUGCCUCUUCUGACCCUCUCGGGGUCCUGGAAACGGACAAAAACAAACUGAGAGACUUCCCGGAAGGCAAGGCCGCAGUGAGUAAUAUCGCCGAGAAGACUGGGACAGAUGGGAGGUUGCUCUUUCCCUGUGGAAGUUCAAGGCCUUCUCAGGAAAGACAGGAAAAGGCUUUCAAAUGGAAUACUCAGGCAUUGGCACACAGGACCAGCCCUAUCCAUAAUGUGCCUGUCUGUGUGGAGGAAGCGGCAGACAUCCUCACGCUCGAGGACGUGGAAGAUGAAGAAUUUCUGAACGAAGACACCGUUCAGCCCGCAGCCGUGCUGAUGCCUUUGCUGAAGCUGCAGGUGACCUCCAAGCCAAUGACCCUCUCAGCUGCCAAGGAAAUAAAAACCAUUCUCUUUGGCUCAACUCUUUGUGGCUUCAGUGAAGAGUGGAAAUUGCAGAAUUUUACAUUUAGUGAAGUGACUCAGCUCAGAUACGGCCUCGUGCAGAACAAGGGGGGACCGUGUGGUGUUCUGGCAGCUGUUCAGGCCUGUAUCCUGAAAAAACUCUUGUUUGGAGGAGAAAGCAGAAGUUCCAGCAUUCGGGAGCUACAGCCUUCAGAAACUUAUCGGAACAAUUGUCUCAUCAUGGCCAUGGCAGACAUUCUGUGGAGGGCAGGUGGAGAGGAAAAGGCGGUCGUUACAUUGGCUUCGGGGAUGCAGCACUUCAGCCCGGCGGGAAGGUACAAGGCGGACGGCGUCCUGGAGACGCUCACGCUGAACAAGGUGACCAAGUACGAAGAUCUGGUCAUUUUCCUCCAACAUAACGUUCACCAGUUUCAGGCCGGUCCCUCUGGAUGCAUCCUCCUGACCCUGUCCGCCAUCUUGUCCAGGUCCACGGAUCUAGUGCGCAAAGACUUUGACCUGCCCACCAACUGUCUGAUCGGCGCUCACGGAUACUGCACCCAGGAACUGGUGAACCUGCUCCUGACGGGCAAAGCCGUGUCCAACGUCUUCAACGACAUGGUGGAGCUGGAUUCGGGCAACGGGAACAUCACCCUCCUCAAGGGGAUCACCGCCCGCAGCGACAUCGGCCUCCUCUCCCUGUUUGAGCACUACGACGUCUGUCAGGUUGGCUGUUACCUCAAGACGCCCAAGUUCCCCAUCUGGGUGGUGUGCAGCGAGAGCCACUUCAGCGUGCUCUUCAGCCUGCAGCGAGACCUCCUGAGCGACUGGAAGGCGGAAAGGAUCUUCGACCUCUACUACUACGACGGGCUGGCUAACCAGCAGGGGGAGAUUCGGCUGACCGUAGACACCACCCAGCCUAUGUCUGGGGACAGAGAGAAGGACCUCAUCCCACCCCUGGAACACUGCAUCCGGACCAAGUGGAAGGACGCGUUUGUGGACUGGAACGGCACAGAGCCCAUCCUGUGAGCGGGCGCCCCGGCCUUGCCCGGCCCCGCCGGCUCGUUUCUGGAACCCGAGGCCCUGUAGCCGUGAAGUGUCUGACUCCCCCCAAGCCCCCGCGCUCCCACCAAAGGGCCUUUUCCAGAAACCCCUUCCUUUGUGUAGCUUUGUCCGGGGGCCAGCCUCCAUCCGUCCUCACCAGCUCUGGAUCCUGUGGGCCUCCUGCCAUUGUCUCUGGGCCCGACGGAAGAAGAGUCCCCCAGGCGCGCUCUGGCUACCUCAUUUAUUUUCUCCUCCUCCCCCAUCCCCAGGAAAGACACGGAGGGCUCAGGACCUCCGUGCGGCCUGCCCAGAACAUCCCGUGUCGCUUGGUUUCCGUCCCAGUAAAGCAGGGCCUCGAAA